AUGGCAUCGUCAACCUAUGAAAUAUGUCUCGGAUUUUCACCACCUACGAAACAUGCAUUGCACAUGUUUUUUCGGCUUCUUGGCACCGGCCCCGUGCACCUACCGAAACAUAAAUGUUUCUCGGAUUUUCACCACCUACCAAAACACAAUAAGUGUUUCUCGGUUUUUCGGGUUCCACCUACCGAAACGCAAGCGUUUCUCGGCUUCUCGGCAGAUCUAGGUCUACAGAAAUACGAAAAGCAUUUCCUUCGACUUCGAUCAGGGGAAAACUUGUAUUAUUAUCAAAGUACUAUCUUUCUGCCAGUAUCAGACAAGAGAAAAGAUUAA